AUGUUUUCCUUACGCGUACUAUGGUUAAUUGUGAUUGGGCUGCACUUGGUGGCAGCUGUGUUGCAUCAAACGUUGCAGGAUGCUCGACAGGAGCAGCAACAACUUGUGCAGCGUUACAUCAAGACUCUGAAUAAGGAAGAGGGUGCCAUACGUCUAGUUGGCGGCGAUGCCGAGUAUGAAGGCAACAUUGAGGUGCUGCACAACAACAAAUGGGGAGCAGUUUGCGAUGACGAAUGGGAUGCAGCUGAGGGUGAAAUUGUGUGCCGUCAAUUGGGCUUUCCAGGGCUGCAUCGCCACACGCACAGUGGCUACUUUGGACCCGCUCGACGUCGCUUUUGGAUGGACAAUCUGUUCUGCGAGGGACACGAAGCGGAGCUGAGCCAAUGCCACUUUGAGGACUGGGGCACCAAUGACUGUGAUCCCAGCGAGGCAGCUGGUGUCAUUUGCUAUCCGCCCAGAGAUGCUGUUAUACCUGUAGCCAUAGCUCUGCCAGAUGAUCGCCUAUUGCCCAAGUAUCCCAUACACCCAAGUUCCCGGCUGUAUGUGAGACUACGCGGCGGUCGCUCCAGGAACGAGGGACGUGUCGAGGUGCGCAUUGAUGGUCAACACUGGGGCAGCAUCUGUGCAGAUGGUUGGGGCAUGUUGGAGGCGAAUGUGGUCUGUCGUCAGCUGGGCUUGGGCUAUGCCAGCGACGCCUUCCAGACGGACUACUUUGGGGGAGCCAAUGUCUCCCGUCCCAUGCUCAGCGGCAGUGAGUGUUAUGGCAAUGAAACUGAACUCGCCGAUUGCCUGCAUCAUGAUCAUCUUCAUGGCAUUGUCCGGUGUCAUGGCAGCAGGCAACAUGUGGCUGCUGUCAUCUGUGAUCAUCUAUCCCCCGAUUUGGUAGUGGACUAUUAUGAAAUCGAGCAGACGGCUCAUCUCGAGGAUCGUCCAAUGCUGCUAAUGCAGUGCGCCAUGGAGGAGAACUGUGUCUCCAACGAGGCCUAUCAAAUCCAACGGGAUGAUCCCAACUGGCGUUACCAGACGCGACGUCUACUCAAGUUCACCGCAGCGGCGAUCAAUGCGGGCAACACGGACUUCAGGCCCUUCAAGGAGAAGAGCCAGUGGGAGUGGCACAUGUGUCACAUGCACUAUCACAGCAUGGAAGUGUUUGCCACCUUUGACAUAUUCGAUCUGCAGGGUCGCAAGGUCGCCCAAGGUCACAAGGCGUCCUUCUGCCUGGAGGACAGCAGCUGUCUGCCCGGCGUUCACAGGAAAUACAACUGCGCCAACUUUGGUGAUCAAGGCAUCUCCGUCAACUGCUCCGACGUGUAUCUCUACAAUCUGGACUGCCAAUGGGUGGAUAUAACCGAGCUGCCUCGUGGCUCCUACAUUCUCAAAAUUGCCAUUAAUCCAGAGUUCAAGGUGGCCGAAAUGAGCUACGACAACAAUGCUGCCAUCUGUGACCUUUUCUACACUGAAAAUAAUGCUCGUGUUGACAAUUGUCGUCUGACGCGACCUUAAAGCAGCUCUGUCUGCAUCUCUGAAUAACUAUUCAGUUGAACAGUGCCAAAUAUUAGGAAACACCAAAGCGUAAAGCCUUAAGAUACAAACAUCUUAUUUUAUACAAUUUUUUGUACCUAAAAUAAAACUGCACAAUUCGAGGUCGUUUGCCAAAUACUUAUACUAAACGAUGAACUUGAAAGUCACUCAAGUGUAAACCUGUCAGAGACAUCAACGACAUUGUUGUCGCCAGCGAAGCAUUUAUCAAGUGUCAAUAGCUGCAGCUUCCACAGAUAUUGCUGUUGUUGUUGUUGUUGUUGUUCAAAGGUGGGUGUUGAACUGGAACUGAAGGGUAGACAAAGACAUAAGUAUACAAUAUGAUGGUGAGACCUGAAAUAAUCACUGCAAAUACGAGUACUUACAUCAAAAGCAUUCUUUAAGGUAUCACAUUUUGUCUGAGAAUAAGUUUCAAUAUCAUUAUUACUGAGAGGCGUUUUUUGAACUGGAACUAAACUUAAGAACGAAUGAUAAGAACACACAAUACGAUGUUAAAAACUGAAGUAAUUACUGACAAUAAUAUAAUAAUAUGCUGAUUAUAUUAAUAGUAUUUUUAUGGUGGAUGUUCAACUUAAUCUAAAGAUCAAUGCAAUAAGUUUAGUUAAAAUUUGAUAAAUAAACUAUGAAAUCAAA